CCCCGAACGGCGAACGGGGUCCCGUAGGGGUCAUUCCAAGCUGGAGGGCGGAUUUACCGCGUGAGGUGCUUUCUCCGGGCGGUGAGUUCUAACGCCGCUCGAGCCCCAGCGGGCGAGGCGACCCUCCGGCGCCGGGACUCGGCAACCGCGCCUUCUUCCCCCAGUUUGUUGGGCUCCAUGACCCUUGGCUCCCGCGUCGGCGUCGGAGGGAACCUGAUUCUGGGCGGGUGAGAGCUGGAGCCCACUGGGAACGAAUGGCAGCCCCAUCUAUGAAAGAAAGGCAGGCUUGCUGGGGAGCCCGGGAUGCGUACUGGAAGUGUUUAGAUGAGAACACAGAGGACCCUUCUCGGUGCAAGAAGUUAAGAAGCUCUUUUGAAUCAAGUUGUCCCCAGCAGUGGAUAAAGUAUUUUGAUAAAAGAAGAGACUACUUAAAGUUCAAAGAAAAAUUUGAAUCAGGACAGUUCCAGCCGUCAAAGCCAACUGCACAGUCCUAGGCUAUUCCUGAACUUGUCAGCAGGGUUGAAACUGUUCUUUCUGAACUUGCAAAAUUGCGCCCUGACCGCGGGAACGAGGGGACGGCGGCGGUGUGAAUCAUGGCGAGCGGCACGACUUGCUCCACGAGCAGACGCUCAAGUAACAGAUUCCAUCAUUCAGGCUCUGAAGAGUCAAAAUGGUAUGAAAUAUGCUUAGUUUUAAUCUAGUAAGAAAUCUAUAUUUUAAGAAAAAUUAAAGCCUAUUAUAAA